AUCAGCCCCAGCCCCUCUCGCUGUCGCUGUUUCGGCCGCUUGGAACGUUCGCUCCCGGGGUGUUCGGCGGAAAGAACCUUGAGCUCCCCAGCGUUCUAUCCGUCCCAGGGCGCAGGACCAGGCUAGAGCAGAGGGAGGCAGGAUGAGGGAAAUCGUCCACAUCCAGGCUGGCCAGUGCGGCAACCAGAUCGGUGCCAAGUUCUGGGAGGUGAUCAGUGAUGAACAUGGGAUCGACCCCACCGGCACCUACCACGGCGACAGCGACCUGCAGCUCGAUCGCAUCAGCGUCUAUUACAACGAGGCCACAGGUGGUAAAUAUGUCCCUCGUGCCAUCUUGGUCGAUUUGGAACCAGGCACCAUGGACUCUGUCCGUUCCGGUCCCUUCGGCCAGAUCUUUCGACCAGACAACUUCGUCUUCGGCCAGAGCGGAGCUGGUAACAACUGGGCCAAGGGGCACUACACGGAGGGGGCUGAGCUGGUGGACUCUGUGCUGGACGUGGUAAGGAAGGAGGCAGAGAGCUGCGACUGCCUGCAGGGCUUCCAGCUGACUCACUCUCUGGGCGGUGGCACUGGCUCGGGCAUGGGCACGCUGCUGAUCAGCAAGAUCCGGGAGGAGUACCCCGACCGCAUCAUGAAUACCUUCAGUGUGGUGCCGUCGCCCAAGGUCUCGGACACGGUGGUGGAGCCUUACAACGCCACCCUGUCUGUCCACCAGCUGGUGGAGAACACGGACGAGACCUACUGCAUCGACAACGAGGCCCUGUACGACAUCUGCUUCCGCACCCUCAAGCUGACCACCCCCACCUACGGCGACCUCAACCACCUGGUCUCGGCCACCAUGAGCGGCGUCACCACCUGCCUCCGUUUCCCUGGGCAGCUUAACGCCGAUCUCCGCAAACUAGCCGUCAACAUGGUGCCCUUCCCUCGUCUCCACUUCUUCAUGCCCGGCUUUGCCCCCUUGACCAGCCGCGGCAGCCAGCAGUACCGGGCCUUGACCGUGCCGGAGCUGACCCAACAGGUCUUCGACGCUAAGAACAUGAUGGCAGCCUGUGACCCCCGCCAUGGGCGCUACCUGACAGUAGCGGCCGUCUUCCGCGGCCGCAUGUCCAUGAAGGAGGUGGAUGAGCAGAUGCUGAAUGUGCAGAACAAGAACAGCAGCUACUUCGUGGAGUGGAUCCCCAACAAUGUCAAGACGGCCGUGUGCGACAUCCCGCCCCGCGGGCUCAAGAUGGCCGUCACUUUCAUCGGCAACAGCACGGCCAUCCAGGAGCUCUUCAAGCGCAUCUCAGAGCAGUUCACCGCCAUGUUCCGCCGCAAGGCUUUCCUCCACUGGUACACGGGCGAGGGCAUGGACGAAAUGGAGUUCACCGAGGCAGAGAGCAACAUGAACGACUUGGUGUCCGAGUACCAGCAGUACCAGGAUGCUACGGCCGAGGAGGAAGAGGACUUCGGGGAAGAGGCUGAAGAAGAAGCUUGAAGCUUCACCCGCCACCAUAAACGCACCCGCACAAAUGAAUUUUUUUUUAAAAAAAAACAAAACACCCACAUCGCAUCAUUUUCCAAUUUUCUUUCUUUCUUCCUUCCUUCUCAACUGUCUUCUCCAUCCAGGUUCCUCCAGGGCUGAGAUUACUCCGGUUCUGUGAUCUCCCAUGUAAACAUCAGCUUGGGCAUCGGAGCGAGAGAUGCCACUUCUGCUGUCCCUCAUCUGUCUUCUGUUCUUCCCCAGCACUAAGUUAUUGUGAGGUUCUGUCUCCAAUAAAAGUCAGAUCCCCUUUCUCUGUAACUGUCUACAUCCAAUGGCAUCUCUCCUCUGCUCUCUCUCAAAGAGGGAGUUUAAAUUUUGGUGAUUCUUCUCAGCCCAUGCUCAUCUUGCUGAGGGGUUCCUCAGGGUUGGGAGUGUGGCGAUAACAGAGGGCUCGGCUGGAUUGUCUUUAAGACCUGAAAUGUAUCCCAAGGGAUGUGCAAGAUUAAAAGUCCCAAAGCAG